AUGAGCAAGGCCAAGGAGCAGCAAAUAGAGGCUAGAGAGAGUAAAGUAGGGAAGUUGUUUGCACUUGGAUCCAGGAACAGCUCUCAGGGUCUGGAUCUAGCAGCAGCUCAGAAAUCAUGUGCUGACCUGGGUGCUCGAUUAGCCACCGCAGAGGAACUGAGGCGGGCUGUACUGGACUGUUCUUUCGCUGUGUGCGCCAGAGGCUGGUUGGCUGACGGUACCAUUGGGACAAUGGUAUGCAGUAAGACAGGCAGCAAGCAGCAGAAUGUGAAAGCCAUUGAUGUUAAAAUUGAAACCGACCCCUUUCUGAGUGGCAGAUAUGAUGCUCUUUGUGUGAAGGAUGAAGACAAGCCGUGCGGGGAUCCACCAUCUUUCCCUCACACAAUCCUGCAUGGUCACACUGGUUUUGAAAUGGGAGAUGAGCUGCUCUAUGUUUGUGCCCAGGGCUACAUCAUGGGCAACAAAGAGACUGCUUUUACAUUACUCUGUGACAGCUGUGGAGAAUGGUAUGGACAAGUUCAGGCCUGCGUCAAAGAUGAGGCCGAAGCACACAUUGACUACGAAGAUAACUUUCCAGAUGACAGAUCUAUGCCUGUUGCUGAACAUAGGGAUGACAGUGAUGAGGCCGAAGCACACAUUGACUACGAAGAUAACUUUCCAGAUGACAGAUCUAUGCCUGUUGCUGAACAUAGGGAUGACAGUGGCAAAGAGGAAAGGGAGCAGGGGCAAGAACAGGAUUUUUCCCUCUCUAAAGAUAUAGAGCCAGAAAGGGUUGGAAGCAAUGAAGGUGUUACUGAAGCUAUGGAUUCUACUGAGAAAGGUAGCAAGGCACCAACAGAAUCUCCUGUGUCACUACUGAGCCAAAAACACUUAUUUUGGUUCCCUGCAGAGGCUUUUAAUAAUCGUGAGUCAGAGAAGAACACAGAUGAUUUUAUUAAAACACAAUUUUCUGAUGGUGACAACCACAUUGGAGUGAAAACCAUCUACAGUGAACCUGAUGCCAAAAUGAUUUAUGACACUGAGGAUUUCCCUAUUGGACCUGUUUUGGUGAACAAUGAUACAACAGCAGCAAAAGAUACAUUUGCCAUUACUGAUGAAUCUUGGUUAGAUGGUUACCCUGUAACUCAAGAAGUAAUGGAGAAUGUUGAAGAGAAGGAAGAUAAAGUUGAUAGCUCAAUGGGAACAGAAGAUGACAUUAUCCUUACAAAUGACCAACAAAGUCAUGUUGAAGUUAGAAAAGUAGGCAAUACUUCAGAUCCAGAAAAGGAUUUAACAAAGAUUAUGGCUGCCUCACCGAGGAUGCAUGAUUAUGGGGUCAAAGAAAUGCCAAUAGUGCUAACACCUACAAGUGCUCCUGAGAAUAUAAGUGCUAGCAAAGGCUUUGAUGAUAUCAUCAAGUAUCACCUAACUACAUCUCUGGGAUUUGUGACUCAUGAGUCUGCCACAACCACAACAUUGUAUGAUCCUACCAGAUUAAAAACUGCCACAUUAGAAGCCCGUGUAACAGUCAGUCCAUUUAAUCAUAUUCCAGAUCCAAAGGCAGAACAAACAACAGCAAAUCCAAUACAAGUGGCAACCACUGUGUCAACUCGGGAUGGCAUUACUCACCCAUCAUCUAAAGAAUUAAUUGAACAAGAAGCUCUCACCCAUGGCACUGGAGAAAAACGUCUCCCUACUUCUGAACCUUGUACUGGAGAAGAGUGUCCCAGAUCAAGCAAAGGUCCUAUGAUAGCUGUCACUGUGAUUGUUUUAUGUUUGCUAUUGCUUGCCCUUAUAUUGGCUGUGUGGUUCUUCAAAAAACGGCAACAGAAAAGUUCUGUGUAUAAACUGAAUGGAAAAGGUCAGACUAGACACCAUCAACAACAACAUAUUGAAAUGCAGAAAGUCUAACCUGAAACUUUAUAG